CACAUUCAAUACAAUGUCCGAGGAAGAUGGGUCUAGAAAGGCGAGUUCCAGGCUGUGUAAUUUUCAGCCAGUUACCCAUUGCAUUUUCGAACUCGAUGGCCUGCUGAUAGACAGCGAGCGUUUGAGAACGGAAUCCGUUCAGAAGAUCCUGGAACCCUAUGGCCACACGUACAGCUUCGAUCUGAAGAUGAAGUGCAUGGGCAAGCCGGACUCCGAGCAGGCCGCUCUCAUCGUGAACACCUUCAAUCUGCCCUUCAGCCAGACGGAGUUUGAGAACCAGCAGGAGCUCCAGUGUCGUGGCAAAAUGGGUUUCAUUCGACUGAUGCCCGGCGUGAAGCGACUGCUGAAUCACCUGAAGAGUUUCAACAUUCCCAUGGCGAUCGGAAGUGGCAGCUGUCUGGAUUCGUUUACGAUAAAGACGCGCCAACACUCCAGGCUCUUCGAUGUCUUCAGUCACGUGGUUUUGAGCGGCUCCGACGAGGAGGUCAAGUUGGGAAAACCCGCUCCGGAUAUUUUCCUCACCACCGCCUCUCGUUUCGAGGAUGCGCCGGAGCCGAGCCAGUGCCUGGUCUUCGAGUCGUCUUUAGUGGGAAUGGAGGCUGCUCUGGCCGCUGGCAUGCAGGUGGUCCUGGUGCCCGAUCCUCUGGUAUCCAUUAACGCAAGUGCUCCGGCCACCUUGAGGCUGCGAUCGCUCGAGACUUUCAGGCCACAAUAUUUUGGAUUGCCACCCCUAUAAGAUACUAAGUAGUUUGCAAUGAGAAUUUAAUGUCAGAAAUGAGAAAUAUAGACAACAUUGUUUCUAGUGUA